AUGCACAGCCACCACCAUUUCUCCGAUUCCCUCCUCCUCCUCGUCUUCUCCAAGCUUCCCAUUUCUCACCACCUCCUCACUUCCCUCGUCUGCAAACGCUGGCUCUAUCUCCAUGGCCGCUUGCUGCGAUCUCUCAAGCUCCUCGACUGGCACUUUCUCCACUCUGGUCGCCUAUUCGCACGCUUUCCUCACCUUACCGAAAUUGACAUCCUCCGUUCCUGCAUUCGCCUCGCGCCCAAUUCCAAUUCCGGGGCUUUCUUGACCCUUAAGCCCUUCUCUCUUCCUAUCAGUUGUUCGCAUCACCACGACGGCUCUUUUGAUAUCUUGCCACCGGAUAGGAUUUAUCGAGGGCUCAAAUUGAUCGCCCAAAAGUAUCCGAAUUUGAGGAGAAUUGCUGUUUUCGGUGCGAGCGAGCAUGGGCUAGCCAGCCUAGCCGGCACGUGUCAGACAUUACAGGAGCUGGAGCUCCAUCGUUGCGGAGAUUUGUCCUUGAAGGGUCUCUCAGGAUGUACCAACUUGCAGGUAAUGAAAUUGACUGCAAGGAUUGAUGGUUUUUUCACUUGUGUGGUGUCCGACAUCGGGCUAACCAUUUUGGCACAAGGUUGCAAGAGAUUAGUGAAGCUUCAACUGUGUGCUUGUGAAGGAAGCUAUGAUGGGAUCAAAGCAAUCGGGCAGUGCUGCCAAAUGCUCGAGGAGUUGACUUUUCAAGACCAUAGGAUGGAUGGUGGGUGGUUGGCUGCUCUGUCUUUUUGCGCAAAUUUGAAGACUUUGAGGCUUCAGUCUUGCAAGGCCAUCGAUUCUAAUCCUGGACUCGAUGAGCAUUUGGGAGUGUGUCCUAUGCUCCAGGAGUUGCAUCUGGAACGGUGUCAGUUGAGGGAUAAGAAGAGCACAAAAUCUCUAUUUCUGGUUUGCGCGGAUGUUAGGGAUAUUGUGCUGCGUAACUGCUGGGGUUUUGAAGAUGAUUUCUUUGUCUUAGCCUCACUCUGUAGGAGUGUGAAGCUACUUUAUCUUGACCAUUGCUCAUUGCUGACGACAGGAGGUCUAGAAUCAGUACUUCUUUCAUGGAAGGAUCUUCAAAGACUAAUCGUAGUUUCGUGUCGUAAGAUAAAAGACAGCGAAGUAACUCCACAGCUUGCUUCUCUCUUCUCCGUGCUGAAAGAGCUCAAAUGGAGACCCGAUACAAGAUCUUUGCUGUCAUCAGAUCUUGAGGGCAUCGGGAUGUGGAGAAAAGGCGGUAAAUUUUUUACCAGUUUAAAGGGCUGA